ACUCUUCUUUUGAUGCAUCCCACCCCGACGGGACACGUAUAGGACGCCGGCCGAAGCGGAGCAGCAAACCAAAACGCAGCGCAGAGAGGGCUGCCUGGUGCGUCGCGCGAGGCACACCGCUGGUGAAACCAAGCCGCGGGCGCCCACGAGAGAUGCUACUCCAUCAUGAGGCUGCGCGAGCCGUCCGCUUGAACGCAUAAAGAGGCUGCCCACAGCACCAUGUCUCUGGCGGCCCCACCGCCGGCCACGCCCGAUCAUCUCGCCGCUGUGCCGGCCACGCCCGUGCUCGACGAGCCCAGCGCAUUACUAUCACCAACCGUGUUGAAGGCGUCGCCCCCGCGGUCGCCGCUGCGGUCGCCCGGCGCGCUCUCGGACCUGUCGCGGAGCCCCGGCAAGCUCAUCUCGCCGCGCAAGGCCAAGCUCGCCCUGAAGACGGCGACUUUUAAGGCGAAGCCGCUUGAGAGUCCGACGGCCAUCGAAGAUGUGCUACGGAGGUCCAAUUUCCUGGGAGACUUCAAUUCUCCUGGUUCAAAAUCGACGGCGUCGUCCUUCGACGCGGGGCCCUACAGCCGCAAAAGGUCGAUAAGACUCCCCUCGGAGCCAAAAACGAAGCGGUUGAAGAGGAGGCAGCUGCCCGCGCUUGGGCCUCCACCUGUCGAGAGACGGGCCUCACUGGGAGAACCUCUAGACGUACAAAAACUGAACGAGCAAGCCAGAGAAGCGUCUACAUCAACCUUACCGAAAGAUCAGAGAGCCCUCGCGCGCAUCCAAACGAGGAAACGCAAGGAAGCUUCCGCGGUCGUCAUGUCCCGUAGAAAAGCUCUACUACCUCAUUUAGAAGGCAUCACCUACAUCCACGACGAGCUCGGCAAAGCGAGAACGUCAGCCCUCGGCAAGUGGUGGCCCGGCGACCCGAAAUAUCUUGUAAAGACCCAGCUAAAGGACUACUUCACAGAGGAUACUCGUCUGGACGAGUCCGACCUCAAGCGGAGGCGCGAGACGGCGGAACGGCGCACGUUACAAAGUUCGCAGCGGUUGCGGCCCGGUGGUCUGUGGGACUUGCCCGGGACGGCCGACGCGAAAAAGGCGCGGAAAGUGAUCGCUGAUCUCGAUGAAGAACAAUCAGCAUCAACGAGGCAGCGCUUAGAUCUAUUGGCGGAACCCGUCGACGCCGAAUUAUUACAUGAGUACUCCGAGAAACUACAAAAGAAAAUAAAAGCCCGCGAGGAGGAGGCGGAACGGAUACGAAUAGGCGCGGCGCCGUCGCCGGACAAGACGUUGCUGGCAACGUCGUCCACGAAAGUUUCGUAUGAUCGCUUUUCUCGGUUCGCGCAUCGGUGCCGCUUGGCAGCUCUAGACGACUAUCCCGUGCGCGACCGAGGCUCGCAGUUCUUACUAAAAACGUUGAGUGAUGCCUACGACGCCGUCUGGCAGGCGAACGCGGCCGUGACGGCGCCGCCGCCGAGCGACGACCCGAAUGUUGAUGUGAAGCCUCCGGAAAUUCCCGUCGUGCCGGACGUCGUGGCCGACAUGUUCUGGCGGAAGUGCGGCACGCUGGCGCCGCAGCAGGCCCUCGAAUUUAUCACGGAACUCGAGAAGGCGGAGCGAGCUGGAUGUAGAGAAAGUGCUUUGUUUGCUGGUUUUCUCUCGGAAACGAGAAAUGAGGAUGGACUCCUCGUACUCUGUCAAGCUCGUAGAGUCGCGAUAGGCCUGUAUUCGUUGGAUCCGUCCAAACCCACACAACUCAUCAGGGACGGCGCCGACGGCCGCUUCGGGCAGAACGGGCUGCUGCCUCAACUCGAUCAAUGCCCUCUGCUCUCAGCCCACCCUCUCUACGCGUCGCCAGAAUUGAAGGACAAGAAGUCGACGUUGUACGAUAGGAACGUCGUCCGCAUUUUACUACCGAGGAAGGCCGCUCUGGAGAUCAUCAGGGAGUUAUGCGGCCAAGAGUCGGGUGCCGCACGCGCAAGACAAGACGAGCUCAACUCGCGAGGCCUCAGCGCAAGAGCAGCGAGGGAAGCCCAGAAGAAGCGCAAGGGCUCGCAGCUGUCCCAGCAGUCGUCGCGCGUAUCGACCGCAUCUUGUACGUGGUAUUGGGCUGAAGAUGACGACAAAAUAUCAGAGCACGACCCGUCCGUCGUGAAAGCCCCGAACUGGGUGAAAUUUGAUGAUCAAUCGCAACUUACGAUCGAGGAGGCUUUCAGUCGAGAAGAAAGAUUUAUUGAAACGCCUCACCAUGAUGCUAUCGUGGACUUCCCGCUCAUGGAGCAGAUCAACGAGAGCAAUGGUUCUAGAAGAGCUGUGCUGAGAGAUGUCCACGAGGAGGAAUGCCUCGAGGACGAGUUCCCCGCCGAGCUCGGGGAGCUGGCGGCGAAUCCGGAGGCGAUCGCUGAUGAAUUGCUAGAGAAAUUGGAGAGAGAAGCUAUCAACAACCAGGAGGUCUUGUUCGAUGACGCACCUCCAGAUAGUAUCCUGGCCUUUCCUGCGGUCUACGGCUCUACCAAUAGGGAAUACGUUGACUUUGGGAGAUUACUAGAAUCAUUGGCGGAUUUCAUCGAAAACGCCUUGCCCGAUGAUAUCCUCGCUUAUGUUAGAUUCGACGACGACGGUGAACGACUCACACUAGUCCAACAAUUAGCGAGCGCCCAGGAGGACGCCGAGAACGCAAGUGACUUGGAGGACGAGGUAAAGGCCGCGCGACGAGCACUUGUCUUAGCUAAAGUAGCCGCGCAGAAGGUGGCCAUGGGCCGGUCUCGGUUGGACAAGAUGGAGGCCUCUGGGGAUGCGGCGGCCGCGGGAGCGAUUGUCGCUUUCCGUACUAGGUUAAUGAUCGCGGAAGCGGAUGUCGUCAGGGCCCAGAACAUCUUGGAUGAGCUCGAGGGCAACAUGAAUAAUCUAGUGAACAGGUCGGAAAAGACCUGGGCGUCACUCAUCGAAGCUUCGUCCAACAAUGAGAAGGCGCCGACGUCGCCGGCAGCGAUGGCGGCUGCAAGACGAAGGAGACUCAUCGACGGUGCGCGUAGGGACAUCUCACGCGUCGUCCAAACAAGAAAGGCGCGCUCGAACGCCGCGUCGUCGAUAAACACGGCCUGCCGCAUGGUCGCGUGUGCGGGCGCUCGGUAUUGUGUGGAUAAAGCGAGGACGGCCUUCUUUGCGCGGACGAAGGAGGCCUGGACUCCACCUUCACAAAAGAAGAAGACCAAGAAGCGGUUGUUGGAAGACGAUUUUGGCCCUCCCGAUAACACGGACUUGUACGAUGCCGCCCUCGCUUCCGGGAAGCUCGAUGAGUUGUUGAAACCGAUCCGAGAUGAACAAAAUGCGGCAGCACAUAUCAUCGGCCAGCGCGUCAAAAGUUACUUGUGGCGCCAGAGGGAGCUACGGAUACCGGUGGUCGCUGCUUUAGCGAAGAAGAAGGAGGAUGAUAAGUACUUUAAAGAAAGGCGAGAACGCUUGGCUUUCGAAAAGCAAAGGCGCAUCGAGGAGAAGGAGCGUUUGCAAUUGCUGCGGUUACGAAGGGACGCGGACGCUCGUAAGAAACGUCACGAGGACGCGAAAAGGGCAUUGUUCUUGGAAAAUCAAAGGCAGGAGGUCGAGUUGAGGUGGAGAACUUGUGAGUUGCGCUGUAUGCGGGCGCAUUUAGAUGCUUUAAAGCAAUACCUCGACGCGGUGCGGUUCCAGCGGCAGUUCUUUUCUCGUUUACUGAAAGCUUGUCUUAAGAAUUGGCGGGGCUUCGCUGUUGAUAGUAUAGCGGAGAAAAAGUCCGCUCGGUUAAUGCAGGCCUGCUGGCGCAUGCUCCAGGCCAUGGCCACCGUGAAGGCCAAGAGGGCUGAAAAUGCCAGAAAGAGGCGCGUCUUCGACCGACUCUUCGGCAAGGCCAUGGAUCGUCGAUUGCGGAGGAUUAUUGAUGCGUGGCAGGACUGGGCCUGGAGCGAAGCGGCGUGUCGGGGCUUUCAGGAGGAGAUCGCGGAGAGGUUGCAGCGGAAGGUCUUGGACGCUUGGUUUAAACAUGCGAAAACAGCUCCAUCUCGUCGGAAAGGUUUGGUAAGGAAGCUCCAGAAAGGGGUCAGGUCUAGAUUAGGUACGAUGCACAUCAUGGCGAAGCUCAAGAGGGAUAAAGAAGCUGCGAUAGUUCUGCAGUGUCUCUUCAGAGGUAAUAAAGCGGUGGCGCGCGUCGUUGCGUUACGACUCGCCAAGAAACUGUUGAAGGAGAAGAAGGGACGGGAGGCCGAGGCUAUAAGGAUGAAGCAAGCUUUGUAUAUAAGGUGGAGGAACCGCGUACUGAAACACUGGAUCCGGUCCGACAAGUGCGAUAAACUCGGCCAAAGGUUCAAUUGCAGUAUAGCAUUUAGACAGUGGGGCAUCGCCAUCGACGCCUACAAGUUCGAACGGCACGUGCUGCACACGGCGGCCUCCGAACGCAUCGCGAAGGUCGGGAGGAGAUACGUCUACGCGCAGCGCUUCAAGGGCAAGGUGCAUAUAUAUAGGAUGGCCAAGCGCAUCCAGAACUCGCUCGUUCGCAUAGCCCUGGCCAAGAGUGUUUUCAGCUACAAACUCGCGAGGAGGAACGCGGCUCGAGACAUCCAGCGCGUCUAUCGGGGAGGUUGUAGGCGCGAUGUCAUACGAGAGUGGAAUAGGCACGAAUUACUGGCGCACGCGUAUGCCAAUGCCGCUCGGUUACUCAUCAAGCACAACCGCGGCGCGCGCAAGAUCCAGUCGCUGCGGACGACGGAGGCGCUGAUCACCAAACAUGAGAAGGACGGCGACUCCGCCAUUCACAGGGCCGCUAGAGGGAUUGGCGACCAGUCGGUCUACGCGUGCAUCAAGCACCUGAAUCUAGCUGCGGAUGCUUAUAACGAUGCGGGAAGCGCGCCCUUGCACAUCAUCGGGUUGGACUUAGAUCCACCUCUUAGGAUCGCUCGUAUUAAAAAGAGAGAAAGAAGAAAAGCGAAGGAGGCCGCGCUGGAGGCCGCCGAAGAGCGGGAAAUUUACCUGGCUUGCGAAAGGAUGGGCACCGUAUACAAAAACAAGGCCGAGCGCAUCGAAGAAGCGAAGAACAACGGCACCUACGACUCGCCCGAGCCGUCGCCGCGCGAAGAAUUCGGCUCGAGACCACCUACAAGAGAUCUUUUAUACGGAGAAGACCGAGGCUUCGACUUCGAGGAAUUCGCCAUAUCAAGACCUAAUACCGCGGAACAACCCCAAAUAGCAGGAGGCAUCAUGGACAUCCUGGGCACGUUUGUGGAAGAGGAUCCGUCGACGAAUUCGAUCCUCAAGAAGCUCGACUCCGACUCGGAGUCGGACAUGUCCAAGUCGUCCGACGAAGCUCGUAGUGAUUCAGCUUCGGACAAUGAGGUGCUAGCGGGUGCUAUUACCGCCGCAGAAGCCGAGGAGAUGGAGAAGGGCUCGGAGGUGUUAAAUAAAGUGGUCGACAGGUUAUUGGAACAUGGUGCCGAUUUAGAAGCGCCGGACGCCGUCGGUCGGACGCCUCUCGCGGCGGCGGUCGAUCGAGGCGACCUGUCGUUGUGUGGCGUUUUACUCACGCGAGGUGCUUCGGUGAACGCCCUCGACUACGCCGGGUAUAGUUGCCUAUCGUUAGCGGCGGCGAAGGGGCGCGUGCUGAUCGCGCGCUUGCUCAUCAAGAAAGGAGCCGACGUCAAUCUACCGGGCAGAAAUGCCAGGAGGCCGAUCCACGAGGUCUGUCUUAGAGCUAAUAGAAGAUUUGCGCCGCGAUUCUUACGGUUGUUACUCACGCACCACGCCGAGCCCGAUGUCCCAGAUGAUGAUGGAAGGACGCCCCUGAUGCAUUGCGUCGGUCGAAAACAUCGCGACGAGUUCCAGGACUCUUCUGACAGUGAUGACGAAAAUGACGCUGAGGGAACGCCCGAAGCGGCGUGCCUGCAGAUGUUACUAGAAAGACAGGUGGACGGCGAUCGGAGAGAUCGGUCCGGUUUAACAACAUUAAUGAUCGCGGCGAAGGCGGACCGCGUCGAUGCUGUGAACAAGCUCGUGCGGUUCGGCGACGUUGAUAUGUUAGCGAGAGACGCCAAGGGUCGAACGGCUUUACAUUUAGCUGCUCGGGUCGGUUCGAUAAAAACGUUGAAGGCACUGCUACACAACGGACAUGAUGUAAGAGUCGUAGACAAGUCCGGUAAUCAGGCGAUCCACGCGGCUUGUAAGGGUGGUUCAGUGCCGACGGUGGAGACACUAGUAGCGUAUGAUGCCCCGAUGGGCUGCCGGAACUGGGACGGUCUGACGCCGAUCGGCGUGGCUCGGUUGAGCGGCCAGAAGGACGUCGCCAAAUUCCUCGAGGAGCACGUCGCGCCCUCGUCGAUGGCGCAGGACAUGACCCAGGAGUUGGCCAAGCUCGAAAACACCGUGGACGAGAAGACGCAACGGUUGAGGGAGAGGAAGAUUAGGAGGUUGAAGCGCAAGGCUCGACGGGAAGGCAAGCCCGAGGACCACUACCUCACGGGAACGUUGUCGCCCGUGUCCUCGAGACCCUCUACCGCAUCGUCUGAUGGUUCAGUGGACUUCCCGCCGGAACCUGAGGGUGAUGGGAGGCCGGUCUGGGACCACGACCUCAAACGGUGGACCUUCGCGCGGCACGGGUCUGCCUCACCUAGGCACUUGGUCGCGACGGCGAACGAGGCCGUCGCGGCCACGACCUGGGACAAGCCGAUUGCGGAGGAAGCGGAAAAAUGGAUCGAGGGCUGGGAGGGCGAGGAGGGCUUCUCGCAGAAGACCUGGACGCAUUUUGAAACUGGUGAAAUAAGGACGGAGCCUCCACCAAGUACGGUGGACGAGGUUCGAAGCUUGAUCCAGGCCGCCUGGCCGAGAACCAAACUGCGAAAGCAGCUCACCGUGAAGAAGAAGAAGGCCGACGCGGAAUUGAAAGUAGGCGCCGCCGAGUACGGCUUAGACCUCAAAGAGUUUGAGGAAGAGGUUGAAGAAUUAAGGGAGAUGCACCGGGCCGCGAAGCUCAUGCAGCGGUUGUGGCGGCGCAUUGAUGCGGUGAACUACGCGGACUGUUUGAGGGAACGAAGGGACGGGGCUCGGAGCUUCCAGCGCCUCGUGAGGUGGUACCAGUGGGACCAGAAAAGGUUAAGGAAGAUCAAGCUCGAUAAGUCCGUGCAUCUGGCUCAGAGGUGCUUCCGCGGGUAUAGGGCGAGGAUGAAAUUUUAUAAUUUCGACUACGAGCGCUACUGGUGGCGGAGACAGGAAAGGUGGCUGGCUACUCGACUCCAAAGAAUGUGGCGCGGCCACGUCUGGCGGCGGAAACUCAAGCGCGUCCGGUGUAUUAAAUAUGGUCCCCAACGGUUUGACGGGUGGAUGACCGUGGUACAAAACUCCGGCAAGGCCCACCGAACGUACGGUAUUUAUGAAGAAAAGUUCUUCCCCAGAGCGUAUGCCCAUCCCAAGGACCAGGGCCCCAUCGAAAUGCGAAAGAACAAGUUCGGCAUGAAGGAGCGGGUUUACGUGCGCGGGGCGCUGAUGCGGGACAUACCGUUCUACUACAAUCGGGUCAGUGGCAAGUGCACCUGGGAGCAGCCCCAGGACUGGGUCUUUGCGGACCGGAAAGCUUUUGAACGGCGCGAGGAAGUGCGGAAGCGCGGGUUUACGGAGGAGGAGAACCAGAUGGCCAUCCGGCUGCAGACGAUGUGGGCGGGGCGGCAGACGCGGCGAGCCUUGCGGGCGACGAUGGACGGCGCCAAGAUCAUGAAGAAGUGCGAGUUUAAUUAUCUGCAGGAUCCGAGGAAUCUGACGAAGAUGACGCACUAUUGUCUCUACUUGCAUACGGUCGGGAAGGACCCGGAUCGAGCUAGACCGAUGUACCAGACGUGCUACAGUCGCAUGAUCGAGCUCGGGCCCGACGACGCUUGGGUUUUAUUGUCAUAUGCGAUCUUCAACGCCGCGACGGGCGAGGACGACUGGCCGAACAUCGAGGACUGUGCGAGGCGCGGCGCGCUGGCGCCCGGAGGUACAUUACAUGGAGAUAGACAUGGCUACGACCUCGCGGACGGCGGCUUCUUCCGGUCGGCGGCCGCGCAAGAUCCCUGCGGCUGGACGUGGCACAACUACGCCUUGUGUCGCUGGCUGGCGUUCCGGGACGAUAGCGCGGCGGAGGAAAUGUUCGUGCGUGCCAUUCAAGGAGAUCCGCACAACAAGGUCAUCCAGGAGAACUUCGAUUACUUCCUGUCCAAGAAGUACCCGAACCAGCCGGAGAUGUCGUCGGCCGACGUGGUGAGAAGGCACGCGACGGCGGAGAUGCUCAAGGACGUUGAAAUUGAGCAGGCUCGUCUCGAAAAAAUGCACGCCGAUCCUGCGUACCAGGCCGCGACGCUACGCGUGCAGAUGGCCUGGCGGCGGCGCCAGUUCUUCAACGAGGUGCUUGGUAGAGACAAGGGGAAGCAUCAAGCUUUGCUGGAAGCUGCUGCUGCCGUCGAGGAGUCCUCUUCCUCAUCAUCUUCUGAAUCUAGUGAUUCCGAGGAGGAACGGUUGCGAGGCAGGCGCGCUCUACGUUGGGAACGGGGCGCCGACAUUCAGGGCAGGACGUACUACUACGACAGUGUCACGGGUAUCACGCAGUGGCACGCGCCCGACGAUCCGGAGGAGCUCGUCUACCUCGGCAAGCAGAAAGAAAGUUCGUCGUCGGAAUCAGAAUCGUCGUCGUCGGAAGACGAGGACGAGUCUGAGUCCGAGGACGAGGACCCACGCCUGCACCCGGAGUAUGAGGAGCACGACGAUGGCGAAAACAAGUACUACUUCCACGUACCCUCGGGCAUGUCCACGUGGACACGGCCCAAAUUCCCAUCGCCCGAAGAGCUCGAAGAAAUACAACGGAAGGUGCGCACCGCAGAUCCAGCGAUGGUCUGGGAGUGCUGCCGCGAGGACGGGACGCUCUUCUACUACAACCCCUUCACUGGUAUGAGCCAGUGGACGCAUCCUGGGGAAGAUGCGGUCAUUACCUUCGUCUCCAAUGAUAGCGACGAUGACGACGAGGCGCCGGGCGCGCCCGCGGAGGACGAGGGACCCGUCAUGGGCGUCAUCGUCGAGGAGUGAAUAGUGUAACUUUGUGUGUGAGUACUAGGAUGAACCCUCCG